AUGUUGACCUCAUUUCGUGAGCUGAGGUCGAAACUUAACGGGGCAGAAGGGUGGUCUCGCCUGCCAUCCUUCAGCGGCUACUCGUCACCAGACGCAGAAGAGACGAAAUCUCUUGGAGAAAAUGAUGACUCGGAGCUUCAACCUCUCAAGCAGCCAGAAGAUGGCCAGCGCAAAGCCCCUGGAAAGCUCCGCCUUGUGCUGUCCAUCACAAUCAAUGUUGUUUCGACGGUUUCUAUAGUUUUCACCAACAAGUACAUUUUCUCGAACGAAAAACUUCGGAACUGUCAAAUGGCAUUCGCAUCUUAUCACUUUUUCAUCACCGGUCUCACCUUGUGGGUGAUAUCACAACCCUGCUGCGGUGGCUUUGUCGCCAAGUCAAUUCCUCUUUAUCGGAAUAUGCAUUUGAUCGUUCUUAUGGCCGCGCAAGUCAUACUUCAAAACCUCUCUCUGGCAAAUUCGUCGGUCAUAUUUCACCAACUCGUCCGAUUACUACUCACGCCGGCAACCGCCUUAGUGGGCUUUGCGCUCUAUCGCACAGUCAUUCCGAGGGCAUCCAUUCUUCCAAUGCUGAUUUUGAUAAUGGGUGUGGGGACCAUCUUCUGGUUUGAUACGCGCUCCACGAAUAAUACGGCCGUCGCAACGUCGUCGAAGGGUGUUAUUUGUGCUUUUUCCGGUGUGCUUGCUAGUGCCCUUUACACGGCACUCGUUGGAGGCUAUCAGAAAAAGCUCCAAGUGAGUAGUAUGCAGCUUCUACUCAACCAAGCACCAGUGAGCGCUACCUUGCUCCUGUGUAUGGUCCCCUUUCUAGAUGCACCUGCUGCAACUACUGAGCUUUCACCAUCAUUAUACCUCGCUAUUUUUGCGAGUGGAUUCUUCGCCUGUCUGGUAAAUGUAUCCCAAUUUGCCGUCAUCGACGCUGUGGGUCCUGUUAGCAGCACAGUCAUUGGACAUCUGAAAACCUGCACGAUUGUCGGCCUGGGAUGGUAUUUGAGUGGUCAGCCUAUCGCAAACCAAAGCAUCGCCGGGCUUGCCCUCACUCUGCUAGGCAUGGGACUGUAUAUGACCGCUGUUCUUAAAAACCGCCGAUAA